AUGCAACAUACGAAAAUUUCAUUAAUCUCUUUAUUAAUCGAUUUAUUGGUGUCUAUUCUUCUUACAUCAGCGUUGAUUUUUAUCCGUCUUUCAGUUUUACCAUUGAUAUCUGCUAUUGAUGAAUAUCAAACAUCUCUUGGCAAUAAAAUUGACAAUAAGCAUGAUAUAAAUUCUUUAUCAACACAAAUUUGUAAUUACAACAAACAAAAUCUUACUUCUGCUGAUGAUGAAUUAUUAUCAAAUUCAUAUGUACAACAAAAUAUAAUGAAUUAUUACAAAGAACAUUUACAACAACAAUAUAAUUUAAUGAUAGAUCAAAUUCUAUCAUCACGAUUAUCUUCGAUCGAUGAUAUUUAUAUUGACACAAUUAUAACUAAAGUGAAAGAUUGA